GCAACACCACAUCCUUUAAAUUCUAAUCAAGAGAAGGUGUGUCUGGGGAUGGUUCCUAGGCUGCUUGAAAUCAUAAUUUUUAGGAAUGAAGUAACAGGGUGCAAGUGCAUGAAAUGGUACCCAGUAUAUAAGGGAUUAAUUCCAUCUUCACCUGCCCUUCUCUUUGCCCAGGUGCUCAGAGGAGGGCUUGUUGAGAGACGGAAAGAGGAGAAAGUAGGAAGGCAGGGCUGCGUGGCCAGGUGCUGAAGACCAGGUGAAGCCUAGAUUAAGGAAUCUAUGCUAUAUAUAACUUUGUUUACUGUAUAUUUAUUCAUUUGCUUUGACAAAGAUUUGCUCCAGCUGAGAGAUCCUUGCUGAUUGCACCUGUUUAAUUUCUCUGGAGUCCUUUUACCAGUUCAUACGAGAGUCCUAUAGUUUGACAGUGUUUUUCAGUUUUCAGUGACUGCACCAAGCUACUUGAGAGGAUAUUACUAAUCCGAUGAUGCAAAGCCCAAUAAUUCAGAGCUAGAGAUCAUAUUGAGCUUUCAAAAGGACAACAGCUUCCCAAAACUUGUACAAGACAUGACAACAUACUUAACUGACAAAGAACAAGGCAGAGUUACACUUGACCAUUUGGAAACCUGGUAUGUGGAAAGACUAGAUGAAACAAAAUAUCCACUACCACAACAGCUUCCAAAGUACCUCAACAUACAUCAUGCAGUCCGUUAUCGGCAGGAAGCAGGCAUCCGCAUAAAGGUCAAACAGGCUUUUGGACUUAAAGCUGAUGGCUAUUAUGUAAACGUGUUAGCCAGAGUCCUCAAGGGAGCUGCAAGCAUGCAUUUGGCUGAGUUACCUCAACAGUGGGGAGGAGAAGAAAAAUUCCUAACAUGCCAACUUGAUUUCACAAGUCAGCAGAGAUCACCAAUCUGGACUGAUCCAUCCGUGGUACUGCACCCUUAUCUUGAUGCUCACUGUGUACUGUUAGUUCAAGUGUAUGGCUUGAAUGCUGUUUAUGUUCCAGACCCAAGUGGACAAAGGCCAGAAGUAAUAGCUCGUCCUGGCCAGGUCCUGGAUCUUAAUGCACAAUCACAAUUAGGAUGGACUGUCAUUCCGCUCUUUGACAGAGGCUACGUGUGGUGUGGGGUGCACAGUGCUCCAUUGUUUCAGGGUUCUCCAAGCAUAGAAUUUCUGCAGUCUGUAAUCUCUCAGCCAGUGAAGGAUGUUAUGGCUGAAAAUGUAAAGAAAAAGGCAUUAAAACUUUUGCCUACGUAUGGCAGUGUUAUUCUUGAGGUUUGGCAUGGUCACUAUUUUGAAGAUGAGCAUUACAAGCUCCCUGUUCUGAACAACCUUCUAACUGUUGACAAAACAAAGAAAUUUUUGGGUACUCAAGCAAGCAAGAGUGGCAAAGAAGUUUCAGAGCUUGUUUUGCAAACCAUGGAUAAAAAAUUUAAAAAACUGGGACAAAAUAGCCCUGAAUAUCGUCAGCAAGAGUAUCUUUACAAGGAAGCAAUGGGCAACACUUUUUACAGCCUUAUGGAAACAGCCCUCUUAAAUGCAGGUUAUGGUCCUCUUUCUGAGCACUCUCUUCAAAGGUGAAGAAUAUUGGAUAUCAGUUUUUUUCAAACUCUUGAUAAAACUAAGUGUAUGUGAUAUGAAUUUUGCCUGAAUUAUAUAGCUGUAAUUGAUUUUUUAAAAUUAUAAACAAACUCCAAAUUGU